AUGGAGUGUGUCUCUGAAGAUUGCUUCGAUAACACUCAACGUCCCUACUCAGAAAACAGCGACCAGCGACUCUAUUUCGUUCCUCACAGGUGGUGGAAGGAAGCGCAGGAUUCAAUGUCUGCGGGUUCGGAUGUGAAGAAAGGGGUUUUGUAUACAGCAUUGCCUGGUUCGUCUUAUGCGGGUCCUAUGAAGAUCAUCAAUAACAUUUUCAAUUCAGAUCUUGUGUUGAAUCUUCGGAUGGAGGAUAAGGAUUCGCUACACAAUCUUGAAAAUGGUGAAGUAGGUGUGUCUGGACGGGGAUUUGCUUUGGUUUCUGGGGAAAUGUGGUUGAAGGCACUCAAGUGGCAUAGUGAUUCGAAAAAUGCAUUGAAGGAUGAAAGAGGGUUUUCAGCUACUGAGGAUGAUAUAGCAGAUGUUUAUCCUUUACAGCUAAGGCUUUCUGUUCAGAAAGAAACAAAUUCAUUGGGAUUAAGAAUAAGCAAAAAGGACAACGCAGUUGAGCUCUUUAAAAGAUCCUGUAAAACAUUCAGUGUGGAUUCAGAGAUGUUAUACAUUUGGGACUUUUCAGGUCAGACAAUGUUAUUUUUUGCGAAGGACAAAAACGGGUUCCCAACAGACUGUCAAAGGCAGUCUGAGGAGAUUUUUCUAGAGUUCCAAGUUUACGGUUUGUCUGACUCAUUGAGAUGUAGCGAAGGGAAAAAAGAUGAGAUGGCAAGCUUUUCUAGCAGUGCUUCACUGAAGAUGAAUGGUAGCGUUGGUAGUAUGAAUACUAAUUGUAUCCAUGCCAAUUCUUUGACCUUCUCUUUACGCCCUGGCGAAGCUGGUUCCUUGGGCUUAACUGGAUUACAAAACCUAGGAAAUACCUGCUUCAUGAACAGUGCCCUCCAGUGCUUAGCACAUACGCCAAAGCUUGUUGACUAUUUUCUUGAAGAUUAUGGAAGGGAAAUAAAUCAUGAUAACCAAUUGGGCAUGGAUGGUGAGAUAGCUUUGGCAUUCGGAGAUUUACUUAGGAAGUUAUGGGCUCCUGGAGCGAGUCCUGUGUCACCAAGAACUUUCAAAUCAAAACUUGCUAGAUUUGCACCUCAAUUUAGUGGAUGUAAUCAGCAUGAUUCCCAAGAGCUUCUUGCUUUUUUAUUGGAUGGACUUCAUGAAGAUCUGAAUCGUGUUAAAUGUAAGCCUUAUAUCGAAGCCAAGGAUGGGGAUGGUCGAACAGAUGAAGAGAUUGCUGAUGAAUAUUGGCACAAUCAUUUGGCUCGCAAUGAUUCUAUCAUUGUUGACGUGUGCCAAGGCCAAUAUAAAUCAACAUUAGUUUGUCCCAUUUGUAGAAAGGUCUCUGUAACAUUUGAUCCAUUUAUGUACUUAUCGUUACCUCUGCCUUCAACAGCAAUGCGGACAAUGACUGUAUCUGUUGUUAGUAGUAGCAUUGAUGGAAUUACUCAAUUAUCACCAUAUACCAUUUUUGUCCCCAAAAGUGGUAGACUUGAAGAUCUGACUCGAGCUCUUAGUAUUGCAUGUUCUUUGGAGGUCGAUGAGACCCUAUUAGUGGCUGAGGCAAACAACAACUGCAUUAUACGUUUUCUUGAAGAUCCAUCUGAUUCAUUAUCCUUAAUCAGAGAUGCUGACAGACUAGUUGCUUACCGAUUUAUGAAAGAUAAUGGAGAUGCCCCGUUGCUUGUCUUUAUGAAUCAGCGGAUGGAUGAGCAGUACAUCCAUGGUAAAUUGACUCCAAACAGGAAGGCAUUUGGAAUUCCUGUUGUGGCCAGAGUUUGCAAUAUUACAAAUGGAUCAGAACUCCGCAAUUUCUAUCUAAAGUUGCUCAGUCCAUUUCGAAUUUCAACUGAAGAGACCUUAGAAGAUUUUGCCGUGUCUAAGAAAACAGAAGAAAUUGCAGAAAUGGAGGGGAUCACAGCUCAUAGUUUAGUAUCAAAUAUGAAUAGGUUGGGUUUAGAUUGUCCUUCAGAUGGAGAAAUGGAGUUUUAUGUAACAGAUGAAAAGGGGAUUAUCAAGGGUUCUAAUAUAUUAAUGGAUGAGCCACUGACAAUAGAUGGAAAGUUAAGGCUGCUGCAUGUACUUGUAUGUUGGUCAGAUAAACAGAUUCAACAAUAUGACACCCGACUUUUUAGUUCGUUGCCUAAGGUUUUCAAGUCUGGCUUUUUGGCAAAGAGACCUCAAGAGUCACUUUCACUAUACAAUUGCCUUGAAGCCUUCUUGCGAGAGGAACCUCUUGGACCAGAAGACAUGUGGUACUGCCCUGGCUGUAAAAGACAUCGUCAGGCUAGUAAGAAGUUAGAUCUAUGGAGACUUCCUGAGAUUUUGGUUAUUCAUCUCAAGAGGUUUCAAUAUAGUCGCUUCCUGAAGAACAAGCUGGAGACGUAUGUUGACUUCCCCAUAGAUAAUCUUGAUUUGUCAGCUUAUAUUGCGCAUGGGAACGACAAAUAUCACCGUUACAUGCUUUAUGCUAUCAGUAACCAUUAUGGAAGUAUGGGAGGUGGUCAUUAUACAGCAUAUGUCCAUCAUGGUGGUGAUCAAUGGUAUGACUUUGACGAUAGCCAUGUUCAUCCCAUCAGCAAGGAGAAGAUAAAGUCUGCAGCCGCCUAUGUUCUUUUCUACAGAAGACUUUUUUGAAGUAUAAACAUAAUGGUAAAGUAGCAUAUAGUUAGAAUGGCCUAUUGAAGCUAGGUACCAUUGAUUAACAUUAUUGCCAUCAAUCUUACAGAGUAUACCUAAGGUAGCAUGCUUUUGUCAUUCACAUUUUUCAAUUUUAGACUAGUUGAGUUUAAGAGUGUGGAAGAAAUGAAAGGGAUACUGUAAAACUUAGAUAUUGCAUUUGAUACAUAGCGAGGGACAACACAAACACAACAGCACAAGUGAUUGAGUCGCAAGACAAUUUUUUGUGUUGUAAGUUGUUUGAUGAACAAUACA